GACUGGUGUUGGGGGAAUGUUUUCCUUAGGAAAUCAGAAGCAGAGCUUCUGUAGGGCCGUCUGAGAUCAGGAUGCUUACUUCAAGAUGCCACUCUGCAUCUCUCCCCACCUGCCAAGUGUUUCCUGUCUCCCAGAUGCUUCCUAUUGGCUUAUUGUAAGGACUUUGACUUCUGCGCUACAUGAACUGGGGAGUCACUGGAAGAGUUUCAGAAGUGCACCUUGGUAGACUCAUGCUUUCUCUGGGUCUCAUUGGCUGCUCUUAUGAGUCCAGAAUGGAAGAGGAUGAGGACAAAUGCAGGAGGAUGUUAGGAGACCACUAAGCAGGUCCUGACCAGCUCUAAAGAUGGGUCAGCUGCUGUAUUUCCAAGAACCCCAUGACUUCCAGGGCCCCUUGUUCCCAGGAAGGCCCCGCACCCCAGUCGUCCUGUGCAUAACCUCACGGGCCAGCACCUGGUAGCUGCUGGAAAGCUUCUGGGGGAUGCCUGGGCCCCUCCAGCCCUACCUCUAGUCCUGCCACUUUACAACUGAGCACCUCCCGCUGCGGCCUGCUGAGCCCUUCAGAGUCCUUGCCACAGGCCCUGUUUACUUUUUCCUGAGAAGAUUUAUGGUCUGCAUUAUGUCUGGAGCCAGAAGUAAGCUUGCUCUUUUCCUCUGCGGCUGUUACGUGGUUGCCCUGGGAGCCCACACCGGGGAGGAGAGCGUGGCUGAACAUCAGGAGGCUGAAUAUUAUGUGGCUGCCGUGUAUGAGCAUCCAUCCAUCUUGAGUCUGAACCCUCUGGCUCUCAUCAGCCGCCAAGAGGCCUUGGAGCUCAUGAACCAGAACCUUGACAUCUAUGAACAGCAAGUGAUGACUGCAGCCCAAAAGGAUGUACAGAUUAUAGUGUUUCCAGAAGAUGGCAUUCAUGGAUUCAACUUUACAAGAACAUCCAUUUAUCCAUUUUUGGACUUCAUGCCGUCUCCCCAGGUGGUCAGGUGGAACCCAUGCCUGGAGCCUCACCGCUUCAAUGACACAGAGGUGCUCCAGCGCCUGAGUUGUAUGGCCAUCAGGGGAGAUAUGUUCUUGGUGGCCAAUCUUGGGACAAAGCAGCCUUGUCAUAGCAGUGACCCAGGGUGCCCAAAAGAUGGGAGAUACCAGUUCAACACAAAUGUCGUGUUCAGCAAUAAUGGAACCCUUGUUGACCGCUACCGUAAAUACAACCUCUACUUUGAGGCAGCAUUUGAUGUUCCUCUUAAAGUGGAUCUCAUCACCUUUGAUACCCCCUUUGCUGGCAGGUUUGGCGUCUUCACGUGCUUUGAUAUAUUGUUCUUUGACCCUGCCAUCAGAGUCCUCAGAGACUACAAGGUGAAGCAUGUUGUGUACCCAACUGCCUGGAUGAACCAGCUCCCACUCUUGGCAGCAAUUGAGAUUCAGAAAGCUUUUGCUGUUGCCUUUGGCAUCAACGUUCUGGCAGCUAACGUCCACCACCCAGUUCUGGGGAUGACAGGAAGUGGCAUACACACCCCUCUGGAGUCCUUUUGGUACCAUGACAUGGAAAAUCCCAAAAGUCACCUUAUAAUUGCCCAGGUGGCCAAAAAUCCAGUGGGUCUCGUUGGUGCAGAGAAUGCAACAGGUGAAACGGACCCAUCCCAUAGUAAGUUUUUAAAAAUUUUGUCAGGCGAUCCGUACUGUGAGAAGGAUGCUCAGGAAGUCCACUGUGAUGAGGCCACCAAGUGGAACGUGAAUGCUCCUCCCACAUUUCACUCUGAGAUGAUGUAUGACAAUUUCACCCUGGUCCCUGUCUGGGGAAAGGAAGGCUAUCUCCACGUCUGUUCCAAUGGCCUCUGCUGUUAUUUACUUUACGAGAGGCCCACCUUAUCCAAAGAGCUGUAUGCCCUGGGGGUCUUUGAUGGGCUUCACACAGUACAUGGCACUUACUACAUCCAAGUGUGUGCCCUGGUCAGGUGUGGGGGUCUUGGCUUCGACACCUGUGGACAGGAGAUCACAGAGGCCACGGGGAUAUUUGAGUUUCACCUGUGGGGCAACUUCAGUACUUCCUAUAUCUUUCCUUUGUUUCUGACCUCAGGGAUGACCCUAGAAGUCCCUGACCAGCUUGGCUGGGAGAAUGACCACUAUUUCCUGAGGAAAAGUAGGCUGUCCUCUGGGCUGGUGACGGCGGCUCUCUAUGGGCGCUUGUAUGAGAGGGACUAGGAAAAGUGUGUGGUCCGUGGGACGGACUCUGGCCAUCAUGUUGACAGCCUUGCACUUCCACAGGCUACAAGCCCUGGGACCACCUUUCUGCCUUAAGGGCAGGAGCCCACUUCUGUGGCACCAGAUUCCACCCUGGGAACUGUGGAAAAAGUAGGAGAGGCAGAUUCCCUCAGUGUCUUCCUCUUAAACCUCAAUCAUCGAGACAUUAGGAGGUAUUUUCUGUUCACAUUUAUCUUUUUCAAGCCACAUCUUCCUCUAACAAAUCUCUCAGUAUGUGAUUGGUCUCAAGCUAAAACAAAAAUAAAUGUCAGUUUAUAUUUUACACAUCCACAAA